AAUGAAAACAGUAUUAAAAAAGACAUUCACUAUAUUAACAGUAACCAUAGUAACAGUGUUCUGUGAUACAAAACAAUUCGAGGAUGAACUUGUGAAUUUACUCAACAACAAGCUAGGUUUAUCAGCCUAUCAGAAUUAUUUGGACAAAGAGACAAAUGUAUUGUAUAAAAAGCGUUUACUGGAUACCUCAAACAGCCAGGAAGUGCUUAAAAAGUUGUUGAACUCAAUUGAGUACAAAUUGAGUAGACGCAAAAUUGCUAUAACAGAAUUAUCAAAGAUUAUUGAAGACAACUAUUAUAAAUUUUAUGAAACACUGAAUAUACCAAGCAGUUGUGAUGCAUCCAAUAACAAUAGUUUUUGCAUUGUAAAGAGGGAGAGAAGGAAUCUUGUUAAAGUUCCAACCCUUGAAAUAAGAAAUUUAAUACAGGAAAAUGAGAAAAAAUAUGAAUUUAUUAAAGGUCAAUAUAUUGGUACUGAGGAAGGUGUUGUUAUAAUAUCAGCUCCUAAAAUAAUAUGGCCAAAAACAAAUGAUCAUAGAUAUCAAUCUUGGUAUUCCCAGGCUACUAAUCCCAUUAAGAAGGACAUUGUUGUGAUUUUUGAUAAUUCAGAAAAGACAACCGACACAGUUCAAAAUCGAAAGAUUCAAAGUUAUAUUGAAGAGGCAUUGGAGACUUUAACUAAUACAUUGAAUGCUGAGGAUAGACUUGCUCUAGUUGCAAUGUCCAGUUCACCUUUGAACCCUUUUAUUCAUGAUAAAACAUGCCCUACCAAUAAAUUAUUGUUUGUCAGACCAAAUAACAAGAGAAUUUUUCAUAAAUUCAUUCAUCAACUCACUCCUCAAGGAACUUCCAACUACAUUGAUGCAUUUAACACAUCCUUUUCAUUAUAUUCCUCAUCACCUUUAAAUACACCAUUAAAUAAAGAACCCAGAGAAAGACUCAUCAUUUUCAUAACAUAUUCAACACCGAAGUCUGAUAUUUCAACUGUUCAACAAUCUAUUCAAAACUCCAUUAAUAGUCCAAUUUUUACAUAUGCCAUUGGAAAUAAUAUGAAUAAUGAGACAUUAGAAUUUUUAAAAGACAUUUCAACUAACUCAUUCAAGCAUAAUACAAAUUUCAAACAGAAAGGAUUUUUCAAACUUGUAAAGGAUGUUGAUAAACUGGAAUAUGAAGUGGCAACUUAUUACAAAUCUUUAAAAGAUAGCAAUAAAAAUAAAGAUGUUUUUGUCACUUCUCCAUUUUAUGACAAAUAUGCUGGUGUUUUGGCGUCAUUUUGUAAGCCUAUAUGGAUUUUUGGAUUUCUGGGUGUAGCACGUAUUGAUGUGAAUAUUAAAGAUAUAUUUUCAGAUAUUGAGUUUUUUCUUGGUGGUGAAUCUUUAUAUUUAUUUUUAACUGAGUCAACCAAUCGUGCAUUAUUACAUCAACUAUUCCCUAAAUUUUUUCAUACUUUUGAUACUGUAACAUAUUUACCAUUCAAUUUAUUUGAACCUCAACUUGAAUCUCAUCAAAUUGAUCAAAUGAUAAGUUCAAAAGAAGGAUCUUUUGCAGCAGUGACACAGAGAAUAAAGUCACCUGGUAAUUCUAUAUAUGAAGGAGUAGAUGUUGAAUAUGUCCAAUCAAAAUAUUAUUGGAAGCGGACCAAAGAAUUUGGAUUUAUGAUUUGUUUUGUGGCAACAGAAAAUGACUAUUUAACAGAAAAUGAAUUUAGAUUAUCCAAUUAUUAUCAGUUGGAUUAUCACAGGAUAGCAAUUGGAUGUCGAUACAAAGAUAAAAUAAUUGCUAGAAAUAGCACUACAACAAAGUUUGGUCCAGAAUUGUUUCUUAAACCCAAUCAAUACUUGAGUUCUAAUGAGUCCUCUAGAAACUUAAUCUCCUAUCAUGUUUUUAUGGCUCAAAAAUGGGUGUAUUUAAGUCAUUUCCUGGCUAUGAAUUGGCCAGAAAAUUCACACCAACACAACAAUCUUGGUACAAGAAAACAAUGUUCCAUAAGGGUUAAUACAUUGAGUCAUGUUGUAUAUGAAGGACGUCAGAAUGGCAAUCAUAUGAGUCAAGACAAUGUGCUUGGAGUUAUGGGAUUAGAAAUCAGAGUUGGUUAUUUCUAUUAUACAAUGGAAAAGUUCAUUCUAAAUUGUCAAUUAAGCUCAUACAGCUGUAUAAUGAUUGAUGACACUGGUUUAAUGCUUAGCUAUAAACAAGCUGGUCAGAAUGCAAAUGAUACAUAUUUAUAUAAGCAUAUAACAUCAGUAGAACCCAGAUUAUCAACAGAGCUCAUUUUAAAAAAAAUUCUACAGAGAGGACAAUGCCUGAACACUAUAAACUUGAAAAAUCAAAUUUAUUGGAAGGUCAUAAUUGAUAGUGAAAAGAAUGAAGAGAAAUCAUUUGCUACAUAUUGCUCAAUUUGCAAAGUAAAUAUGUCCACUUGCUUAGAAAAUAUGGAAUGCCAAUGUCCUUGUUUCAUUCUUAAAGAAUUUAAUUCUUGCCAAUUAGGUCAAAGGGAGAACAUUACAUUCUGCUCUGUUCCAUUAAUGAAGCAAUUCUCAAUUCUUUCAAAGGCAUCUGUUGGACUGUGUGGAAAAAACCCAAGUUGUCUUACAAAAAGUCCUAAGUGGGGUUAUAAAGAAGCUUUUAGACAAACUGGUUGUUACAAACCAAAUCAAUGUGUCAAGUUCAUUAAGAAUAAUGCUAUUUCAUCAGGAGAUAUAGCUCCUAUUUUGGGAGGAAUUUUGGGCACUUUUGGUGGUAUCACAGUUAUAGGAUUUUGUUUAUUUGGCAUUUUAACAUUAAAGAAGACUAAUAUGUGUAGGAAGGCUGAGUCAUCAGUAAAUGAUAAUCAAGAAACAAGAUCAAUUGAAUUCACAACUAUAGAAAACACAACAGAGGAUGCUGGUGACAAAUCUGAACAAAGAUCGAAAUCACCAAAAUCAUUUGAUCAAUCGGAAGAUUUACCAACAUAUGAUGACGCUAUUACCUCAAAAUAUUCUGUAGCUUAA